UUGACGUUUCAAUGAAAUAUAAACACGAAAGUCGCUUUUUAUCGUUAGAUUGUUAGUUUUUGUUCCUUAGUUUAUUUUUAUAUUCAAAUGUCCAGUCUAUAGUAAUUUCAAGUGCGAUACGAUAUGACCUCAAACGGUGGAGGUGAUUAUUUUCCCACAAAUGUGACCAUCUUACAGUAUCUUCUCGAGAAUGACGCAACUAACGUGGUGUCUAAAUCGUCAGUUAAUGGAUCGACUACUAAGGAAAUUAACAGCGAUACCGUGGAGAACUCGGUAGAAAUUAAUAGUAUUAAAAAUCCCGAACCAAUAACCGUCUAUGAGUGUCCGAAAUCUGGUUGUGGAAAACAUUACCUUCAGUUAAAUCACCUCAAAGCUCAUGAGAAAAUUCAUUCUGGAGAUUUGAUAUGUAAAUGGGAGCCACACCCAAAGUCUUCGGAGCAAAGGAAAUCGAGCGGGAGUGGUUUGAGAUUUCUGUUGCAAAACGAACACUUGGAACUGGUGUAUGAAGGCAGCGAUUCUCUGACAGAGAAAGCAGAAGAGGAAAAUGAAUUUCAUGAGUCUGAAAACUUCAAUAAUGAUGGUUCGAGCGUUUCUGCUGAUGAGGAAAUUUACGAUUCUGAUCUGAACGAAGUACACUCUGAAGACAGGUCGAAACGAUUGAUCCAUGUUUAUGAUGCUGAUAUUAAUAUAGAGGAUAAUUUCAUCAUUCUAGAAGAAGAUCCCGAAGAUUAUGUAAAAAUUUGUUCCUUGCGGGAUGAGUCAAUGAGAAUAACAUCGACAAAAGCACGAAAAUAUGUGUGUCCAUGGGGUGGAUGUGGGAGAACUUAUACUAAAUCAUCACAUGUCACUACUCAUUUACGGGUACACACCGGCGAGUUGCCCUUUGCGUGCACCUGGGAAGGAUGUGACUGUCGAUUUUCGCGAGCCGAAACAUUAACACGUCACUUCAGAAAGCAUUCUGGUGAGCGAAAAUUUCUAUGCCCAGAAUGUCCAAAAAAUUUUAUUCGGAGUGAUCAUCUACGUGUCCAUAUGAAACGGCACAAUAUCGACAAUUUUGUAAUAGAAAAGGUAAUUAAAAGUCCAGAAAAGCCUAGUUCCGGUCGACGAACAUCAAAACUUGUGGCAAUAUCUACUAAACAGACCAGUAAGUCAAAACGGAAAUGUUCUACAUCAACCCAAAAUCACAGUUCCGCGCGAAACUAUCGUUGUACACAUCCCGGGUGCAACAAAACUUACACCCGUGCUAGUCAUCUGAAAGCUCAUACAAUUCUUCACGGAGACACACAACCUUUCCUUUGCCCUUGGGAAGAUUGCGAUCGUUCGUUUGCCCGUUCAUUCGAACUUUCACGCCAUAGAAGGCAACAUACCGGAGAAAAAAAAUUUGUUUGUCACAUUUGCAAGCAGGCGUUCAUGCGAAGUGAUCAUCUGUCGAUGCAUGUCAAGCGACAUAUUUUUAGUGUGCAUAAAGAAGACGUUAUGAAUGAAGAGAGCGAGGUUGUUUAAAACGGUGUAUAUAAAGAGAUGACAAAGAUGUAACUAAAACUUGUUAACAACGAAAAGAAAAGUAUAUAUAAUGAUAGAAUAAAACUCGGGAAAAAAUUAACAAUUAGUUUAUAAUUUG